GACACCAAAAGCAACCAGGGGUAGCUAUUCUUAUAUCAUACAAAACAAACUUUAAAGUGGGCAAAUUCAGGCUCUCCGGCACUGUAGUGGUAGUCGCUGGCCCAAGUUAGAGGCCAACUGAGAAGUCUUCGUGCCUCAGAUUUGUUGACCUACAGAAUGCUUCAAUAUCCACAUUUUUGUGGAAUGUAUAAAGAAUAUCUUUCAUGUUGGCUGGAAGCUGGCAUACCUAAUUUAGGUGUCUGGCCAGAAAGCAUACACACUGCAGCAGAAUAAUAUAAAGAAUAUGAAGCCCAGGAGCAAACAGAUCAAACUCAAGCCCAGGAUUUAAACAGAUCUCAAGAUAGAGAUUUUGAAACUAUGGCUACAUUACAUAUUCCAGUAAUGGUGGAUGAAGUUGUUCAUUGUUGGUCACCACAAAAAGGACAGGCUUUUCUAGAUAUGACAUUUGGUUCAGGAGGGCACAUAAAAGCCAUUCUACAGAAGGAGUCAGAUAUUGUUCUAUAUGCCCUGGACAGAGACACAACAGCUUAUGCAUUAGCUGAACAUCUUUCAGAGUUGUAUCCUAAACAAAUCCGAGCUAUGCUGGGCCAGUUCAGCCAGGAUGAAGCCUUAUUAAUGAAAACUGAAGUGCAGCCAGGGACUUUUGAUGGAGUUCUUAUGGAUCUUGGGUGUUCCUCCAUGCAACUUGAUACUCCCCAAAGAGGUUUUUCCCUUCAGAAAGAUAGCCCCUUAGACAUGAGGAUGGAUGGUGGCAGGUACCCUGACAUGCCCACUGCUGCUAAUGUUGAGAAUGCUUUAGAUCAUCAGGCACUUGUAUCUAUCCUAAGAAAAUAUGGGGAGGAGAAGCAUGCCAAGAAAAUCGCUUCAGCACGCAGCAUCUACCCCAUCACCAGAACCGAGCAGCUUGCCAGCAUCAUUGCAGGAGCAAUUCCUCCCUCUGCUAUUUAUGCAGGAAAAGACUUGCUACAGCGAUCUACUCAUAUUGCCACCAAGACUUUCCAGGCUCUUCGCAUAUUUGUGAACAAUGAGCUCAAUGAACUCUACACAGGACUGAAGACGGUUCAGAAGUUUCGGAGACCUGGUGGUCGCCUUGUUGCCCUCUCCUUCCAUUCACUAGAGGAUCGCAUCGUCAAAAGAUUUUUGCUUGGAAUAAGCAUGACAGAAAAGUUUAACCUAAGUGUUAGACAGCAAGUGAUGAAAACAUUGCAACUGGGUUCAGAUCAUGAAAACAUGAAAGAAUUCUCUAUGAAAAGAGCUCCUUUAAUGGGGGAAUUGAUACACAAGAAGGUACUUAGUCCACAAGAUCAGGAUGUACAAGAUAACCCCAGAGGGUGCUCAGCCAAGCUUAGAGGAACUAUCAAAUUAUAAGUCACCAUCAUCUUAUUCUUCAAAAAUUUUUUUCUCACAAUUUCUCUCAUCUUCACUCGUGUUAUGUUCCUGAAUGUCUUGAUAUAGGUUUAAGUGUGGGACAGUCUGAAAAUUGAUAGCAUUUAGCAUUUUUUUCCCCUUAAAAAGAAACUGUAGGAAAUAUUACCAUGACAGAGAAAGUUCCACUCAGGGAGCAGAAGCAUCUCAAGACUGGAAAAAUGUUUUAAUCUCUGCAUCAUAUUGGACUCUUGAAAUGCAAUCCUUCCUCUGGCCAGGGAAUUUUGUUUAAAUAAUACUAUGUUGUAUUUAUCUAAAUAUGUAAACUCAACCUGUCAAAUCAUACCUGCAUGUCCUAAAUUUUGAACUUAGAUAUUCCAAUUUGCAACAGCCUUUGUCUGGCUCAAAUAAUGAUGAUUAUGGAUGAAUUUUAAUGUCCCUACU